AUGAACGAACCGGCAAUGAUAUCCUUCUUCAGCCUCACCGGGGUGAUUCUGUUUGUUGCGGGGAUUGCGACUUGGAGGAUACAUCGCCGGAAUCGCAUGCAGGGCAAACCUGAUGGCAUCGCGGUUGAUGAGAAUCAUGGCGAUGCCGAGAACGGGAAACAAGAUCGAGGUAUACGUGCGGAAGAUGGUGAUGGACCGGCAGAGAAUCGAGAAAGCGGUUGGUGGCGGAGGGUCCUUGACGGGGUCGGUUGGGCACAGAUACCAAUCAGUGCUGAGGAUCAAGAGAAGAUGCGAGUACUAGGAAGACGAGGAAUUGUCGAUAAAAAGGCAGACGAAGCAGUUGUUUCCGCGGUCAUUGGCGGUGUCGAGGCUGAGACGAGUCGCCCGAGUGCCAUUCAGAGAGAGUCAAGGCCAACAGAGGUCGCGCCGUUCGAGAAACUUGGUGGGUAUCGAUAUGGCGAUUUCGCGUAUGGACAUGACAAUAUGGCGCCGCUUCCAGUUCCGGCUUUGGUUAAUGAGCUGAAUCCAUAUCAUCAUCCAUCAGAGAUCGCCGAAGUCGAAGCUGCACCGGCGUGUCUUUGUCCUUCCGCUCAAGCCUCCAACAGAAGCUCGAUGGAGUCGGGAUAUGGAUCUCCACUGACGUCGUACAAUGGCCUUCCCACCAUACACCAACACCGAGAUGACAUGAUGGCGGCGCUCCCGAUCCCGAAAGACCAUCCACUGUAUCAAUACCAUCCCAUCGCUCAUUGUCCAGCAACUCCUAAUCUCCCGCGUCAAGAUGCAGGCUGGCGGCUCCCCGUGUUGCAAUAUGAACGCGAAAGCCUUGUCCCUGCACCUCUCAACCCACGCCGCGGAAGGCACAGCCCUCACGCCGAUCUGGACCACAACCAAACUUCACCCCCCGAACCAGUGCGGACGGUUUUUAGCGAAUUGGGACGUCCUUCGAGUGCUCAUUCUCGGCUAGCUUCAUGCUCGGAGUCGCACUCAAAGGAAGGGCCCGAUGCGAGAUACAGCUGCUUUGAGAGUCCGCUAAGGCAGCAUCCCCCUGAGCUGCGCAACGAAUUGCAAGAUUCAAGGGAGAUAUCGAGGCAAAAUUCGGAACACGUGUCGGGAGCUAUAGUUGGCCAAAUUCGGGCGAAAGAUGACGUCCGAAACGAAUGGCCUUUAACGACGGAGAUGAAGGUGCCGAUCCAACAUUAUUCCAUCCAGACCCCAAUUCAGCCUGCGAGUGCAUCUGAGCAUCAUCUUCCACCCCAACGCCAUCGUCAUUUCAGCUCAUGCGAUAAUGCUUGGACGUCGGUUCCGCUGACUUCGGAGUCGCAGCCAUCCCGCAGGCCGCAGAGAUGGAGUUGGACAGCUGAGGAUUUCAGGGUGGUGGGGAUCAAGGGCGACAAUGCUGUUUGA